CUUUUUCUUUUCGAAUUCUAAUUUGGGUUUGGGGUUAGUGGGGGCGAAGCCAUAUGGGAUUAUCUCAAAAUUUUCAGAACUAUGAUGUUUUGUUAUCCCCACAGACUUAAAUUAGAGGGACCCAAGUGUUAAAAUGGGAAGAGGAAGAAGAAGACGAUGUUUGGAUGAAUUAGGUUUUUUGUGUUAUGAAGAGCCAUAAUCGUCUGGGGUACCCAGUUUGGUGCCCUAAUUAAUACUAAGAGAAUUUUGAGGGUUUUGGCCCACCAAACACAACCUCAUUGCCUGUACUUUUUCGGUUAAGAGAAUGGCUGCAGCUGCAGAGAGGAAGAGUUGAACGGAGCCAAAUAGGAUAAUAGGAGAGAGAGAGAGAGAGGGUGAGAGAGAGUCAAGGGGUAUCAUCCCAGAACCCCACAAAGGCCAUUAACAGAUCAUGGAACAGUAAGAGAGAGAGAGAGGAGAGAGAAGAAGGUUGAAUACAGCGAAGCAGAUGCAAUGCAAAACCCACCACAAAUAUAUAUCAGUAUAUAGAAAGUGCUGAUACAGCGAAAAAGUAAUGAUUUUCUCGUUACGGGUAUCGUUGUUGAGGAAUCUGAGGAGGUGGUAUUGUGAAAAAGUGGCAGUUAUAGUAAUAGAAAAACAACAAGAGGAAGAAGAUACAGAAGAACAAGUGCACGAGUUUAUGAGAGAAAGAAGAUAUUGUUGGGGUUGAUUGAUAUGAUGAUCAUCAAACCCCCUUUUUAUUGACUUUUUUUGUCAUCUCCAUUUUCUUUCUUUUUCAUUCUCUGUGUUUGGCUUCUGAGAAAAAGGGGUUGCUGGUUUUUUUGUUCUGGGUUUUUCCCCAUUCUCUCUCUGUUGAUUGGUUUUGUUUGGAGUCUUGUGUUUCAUGUCUCAACCAAGGCAAUUUCAGAUGGUGGGGGGAACCAAUGCUGGCCAGUUCAAUGACACCACCUAUACCAAAAUAUUUGUUGGUGGAUUGGCUUGGGAGACUCAGAGAGAUACCAUGAGGCGUUAUUUUGAGCAGUUUGGAGAGAUCCAGGAAGCUGUUGUUAUCACUGAUAAAAAUACAGGGAGAUCCAAGGGUUAUGGUUUUGUUACAUUCAAGGAUCCAGAUGCAGCCAUGAGGGCAUGUCAGAACCCAUCUCCUGUAAUAGAUGGAAGGAGGGCAAACUGCAAUCUUGCAUCACUCGGAGCACACAAGACUCGUCCUCCAACUCCUCAACAUGGUGCAGGAAGGUUUAGGCCAGCACCAGGGUUAGUGGCUCCACCUGCUUAUCAUGGCUCCUCGUCUACAUAUUUUCAUCAACCCACUAGUCAAUAUGCAUUCCCUUACUCAACUUAUGGGUACACCGGAUAUUCACAAGAUUCCAUGUACCCCAUGAACUUUUACAGUGUCUAUGGAGGUCAACAAUUCUCACCUUACUACACCACUGGAGCAACAGGGCCACCAGGGAUUUUUCACAAUUUCUAUCCAUAUUAUGCUCAAUAUGCCCAGAGUAGUCAAGGUAAUGGUUUUGGCGUUCAAUAUCCCCAGGUGAUGCAGUAUCCAUAUUUGCCUCAGCAAUAUAGUUCUGCAGGGAUUCUAUCGCUUCCUCCAGUUGCUGGAGCAGCCACAAGCACAGCUGGUGUGACAGCAACAGCAGGAGCAGCUGGAACAGGGGCUGGUGCUUCUCAAACCGCCGGAACCACUUCUGAACAGAAUUCAUCAACUUAAAUCAAAUUGUGCUGGGGAAUUACAUCUUUUUACAUGGCUAACGAAUGAAAAAGGUGUGGAGAGCAAAUGGAGAAAGGAAAAGGGAAAACAUAUCAAGUAACUAAUUCAAAACAAAAGGAUGCUUGAUCAACUAGAAUAACCAGAGGAGGAAUCCAAGAAUUCAGCAUCAGACUGUUCAUUCAUCGAAAGCGCAUUUGAGAUACAAGGCUCGAUCUACUAACUGUCAUUAAGUCAUUCACCAUUCAUGCUCAAGGGUACUGUCACUGUCGCAAUCUUCAUCAUCAUACAUGUCUUGUUUAGGAACAUAGAGGGUCUUAGCUGUAGUUAGAAUUAGGGUAAGAACCAUAUUCAUUUCUGUAUUCGCAUAAGGUGGAAACUAAAGGUUGGCUUUGGAUCCCACCUUACAUACUGAUUCUCAGAUGAUUAUGCCUAGGAAGGCAGAGCAUCCAAUGACAUCCUCUUGUUUAUAUUAGCAGUAAUCGGUUCGAAAGAUUGAUUUUAUAUCUUUGAACCCCAGAUUGAUUGGUCAAGAAGAAAUGGCAAGCUCGGAUAGCCUGGCCAUUUUAACUUGUAAUUCUUUGUUUGUUCAUGAUUCAUGAUUGACACUUUUCAAGAUCGGACUAAUUGGAGAAAAGUUGUGUCUCUUA